AGGUCUUUCAGGCACCAAACCACGCGCUACCUGACCUCCAAAAUAGAAAUCCCAGAGGAGAGGUCACAAGCGAUCUCCAGCUCUCUAAGCGAGGUUGAUGCUCUAGCCCAAUCGUUAUUCUUUAAAAUACCCAACAUUCUCCUUUAUCACAUAUCCUCCCGCUUUCCCAUCUUUAAGGUGUGUCAACGACCAUGGAAGAGCCUCUCCUCCAUAAUCCCUCCUCCUCCACCACCACCACCACUGAUGACAUGGAGGAAACCUCCUCUCUCUCCUCACUCUCCAGCACUACAACCAUCGUUAUCCGUCUAUCGACGAUCAUCGCCGUUGCUGCCAUCUCUCUCUGGGCGAACUAUGAAGCCUCGAAAGGCUUCCAAAUCUCCAUCGUCAAGGCUGCCGCCGGAUCUCACGCCGGCCACCGUUUCAACCUUAUGUUCGUCUCCAACGGUAGAGCUGCCCGAAUAGUCCACCAUGCCGGUCAACUCGUCGAGCGUGCCCUCUAUCCGAACAAUCUUUAUCCCCGAAAGCCGGUCGACCGCGUCACCCUCCGCAUGGCCAGCCACAAUCUCACCACCACCGUGUCGGUUACCUCCGGCGUUGGCCCCGCCGACUUUAUUAUCGACUUGAGCCCAAGCCUCAUGUCGAUGCCUGACACGAACGCAGCUUUGGCCUCGGCGGUGCAGCGGGGCAUGGCCCGUGUCUGGCUUUGGGACGGGGGCGGCACGGCACCGGAGCCACUCCUGGAAGCCAUGGUGGACUACCUCGCCAUGAUUGCCGGCUUCGCUUCACCUACUCAGGUAAUCACCAAUGAAGUUUCCCAGGAAACCGAUGGAACGUGCUGGUCGGGGGAAUUCUUGCGGCACUGCGAGGGGCGGCGGCAAGGAUUCAUCGCGAGGUUGAACGGAGCGAUGAGAGGACGUUGGUCGGAGGUGAUGGUGGAUGCGGCGCUGGGCUCGCCGGUCCGGCGGAUGUGCGCGGGCUACCGGUCGUCGACAGGUCAGUUCAGGGAAUCUUCCGAUGCCACGCUGGAAUCGGUCGAGUUGAGACAGGUCAUGUGAGCUGGAGGGGAGGGCAUGGGACUACUGAGAAAAGAAUUAAAGUUUUUCUUUCCCUCAUCAUUCAUGAUGUGCUGUAAACAUCUUACGUCGGUGAUCGAAGGAAGCACAUUUCGUUCUUUUAUCUUAGGAGCUGGCAAUCAUUAUAAUAUCUUUCUUUCUUUCUUUUUUUUUGAUAAGAGGCAAUCAUUAUCAGAUCGAGAAUAAGUUUAAUUCAUGCCUCUCUUUUUUUUUUUUCUUUGUGAUUUUGUCUCCUCGUGUGAUUUUGCAUGUGUUUCUAGAUUCUUAGAAAAAGAUUGCUGCCAACCUUGACAGAGUAAGAUAACCACUCUAAUGUCUAGAUUUCAAAUAGGGAUUUGAUAGGAGAUGCACCCUUGUGGCAUUUGUUGCUCGUCACGUUGGACCUUGAAACUGUAAUUGGUCUGAUGUCCAUUGGAACAUUUAGGUACAUGUUUGAUUUUCUUUCUUUGGAGAGCUCCGUGCCUGCGUCUUACCUACUCAUAUACGGUUACAUUUGCAAAUGGUCUGCUCCAAUGCUGCUGCAGUCUCUUCACAGCUGCUCCUUCCAGUGGCAGACACACUCUGUAUCUAUUUCAAGCAAUGGUCGUCCCAACUGCAGCUAAUUAUUACCACCAUCAUAGCCACGCCCAGCACCUGUCACUAUUUUCUGAAGCUGCAUCCUGACUUAUCAUGUGGCUGCAGGUCCCCCUCCUACUUUGUACAAGUUUGUACUUAUUUUUUUUUUCAUAUUCUUGUUUGUUUGUGUUUGUGUACUGCUCGUGUAAACAGAUCUAAUUUUAUCUUAAUACAACUUCUGGCGACUUAGCCGCA